GAAUAAGGACAUGGAAUUCAUAAUAUAACAUCCGAAUUGGAGAUACAACUUGUAUCAUACAAGCUCUUUAGAAAGACAAGUAAAUGUUUCUAGUUGAUAUUGCUUAACUUGUAAAGAGUGUGUAUGUGCUUUUUGUGGUGAAUGUUCGAAGAGCUCAAGCACUUUUUGACGUGUCGAACGUGCCAGUUUUCUUGAUUGAGCUCUGAUUAGUCCUACUUACAAGUUGACCGGAAUCCCAAAUUUCAAAAAUAUUCGAUUUCGAAUGCGACGUGGACGAAGAAUAGUGUUCACAACUGGUGGCGAUUCGAAUGAAAUCGUAAACAAGGCUUCACCAUAGGAUCGAAACAAAGUAAUCAAAAUAAUACAAUGGCCACUCGUAAAAGUCGCCAGAACACAGAGUCUCCAACACCAUCUGGAACGGAAAGUGUGCCAACAACCCCCACAACACCAGCCACGCGUAAUACGCGCAGCAUACGCAAUAAGCAAUUGCAACAGGGCAAAGCCGAUGAAUCCAUUCAAAUAAAAAGUGAAAAAAUUGAAGAAGAAGAAGAGGCUGUGAAAGAGACAAACAAAGAAUACGAAAUGAGUACGGCAAAUGAGGAAAUAACAACGCCAAAUAACAUCAGCGACAAGGUUGAGGCAAAAGAAACGAUUGAACAAAAUGACAAAGAGAAAGAGUCAUCACCGCCGACAACACGAAAGCGUCGCAUAGCCGCUGCCAAAGAAGAAAAUGCCGGCGAAAAACCAGCAACACAAAACAAUGAAUCGAUCAGUCCGAAUACAACGGACGAUGGUAAAAUAUCACCAUCAAGAACUAAACGCUCUCGACGAAGUGCAUGCGUACCAGACACAAAACCUGAAUUAACACCAAGUGUUUUGAAUAAACGACGAAAUAGCACUGGUAAAAUUGAGAAACCGACACGCAAAUUGUCUAGUCGUAUAAAGAAACUGAAGCAAUUGAGAAAGACUCCAUUUGGCCGGGCAAUAUUGAAGAAACCCGAAAAAAUUACGGUCGCCGUUAACAAACCCAUUAAACAAUUGAUCGAAAAACAAACAGCGACAAAAGGUGGAAAAGUCGAGAAAAGUGACAGUGCAUCCGAUUCAGAAUUGAUGAAAAUGUCACGGCGUCGAUCCGAUUCAGUUUCAAAAUGCUCAGAUAUGACAGAUGCAUCCAGUUUUCAUGAAACAAAAGGUUCAGUGGAAGAUUUGCUCACACAAUCAUCCGAAACAAGUGAGGGAAAAACGGUUGUUAAAGAAGAAAUCGCUGAAAAAGAUGAAUCGGCGGAAAAUAAAGCACCGGAAAAUGAAGGGUCUGAAACGUGUACACGCAGUGUAAACGACAGCGGAAUUGGUGGUGAUAGUGAUAGUUCGCAGGCUGUUAAGGCGGACGGUGAUCAGUCAAAUGACGGUAAACGACCAUCCCGAUUUUCAUUACGAAAACGUCAAUUGAACGCACCAAGAGUGAUGAAUACACGGUCUCGUAGCGAAACACCAAGCAAAACGGCUAGUGAAAAAGACGAAGAUGAAGAGGACACCGUUUCGACAAAAGAGAUCAAAAAAGAAGCAAUCGAAUCAUCGACCGAAACUCCAUUGCAAAUUGAUACAGUGGUUAGUGAGUCAAAUGCCGAUGAAAAACUAUCGCCCGAACUGAGAGAACAAACGGACAAAGAAAAUGUGACCGAUGAUAAGAUCAAAUCAGUGAGUCCUGUUUUAGAGAGCGAAGGUGUUUCGGAAAUUAGUGUUAAGCAAUUUUAUGGUCGUGCUGAAUUCUUGGAAAAUAAUUUGGGCAUUGAAAAAGAUCCAAAAUUAGGUGAAAUUGUGCAAAUUCAAGAGAAAAUCAAAGCCGGAAAUAAAGACGCCGGCGAUGAUGAUAAAAAGGGGGAGGAGACGGAGAAAAUGGUGGUGGUUGUGGAGGAAAACACCGAAACACUCAAAGAAGACUGUGUAAAAUCAGAGAAAACAAUAGACAUUACAGAACCAAAUGAAGUCCAUGAAGUUGAUACAUCAACCGAAAGCAUGGAAAUCGAUGAAGAAGAUGAAGAGGAGGAUGGUGAUGACAAAACUGAUGGUGCUAAAUGUGAUGAUGUGAAAGAUGUGAAAGAUAUAAAGGAUAGUGUAGACUGUUUUGUUAAGCCAGCCGAUAAUAGUCGGCGUAAUAGCGCAACAAUUCUCAAUGAAAAUCUUUUAGUGUUGAACGGUGAAAUCGAGCUCACGUCAAAGAAGGAAAAGAAAGAAAUUGUUAAAAAUAUGGAUGAAGAUGUUGGUGAAGUUGUUUUAUUCAAAAUAUCGAAUGGAGUGCGUACAAAUCCGGAAAAAUUGGAAAAAGUACUGGAAAGUCAAAAACUCAAGGAAAAGGAACGAAGUAAUAGCACAGAAAGUACUGAAAACGGACUAACCAUUGAAGAGCCCAAAAUAGUGGAAAAUAAAGAAACAGAAUCGAUUGGUGAUGCGACAAAAAUGAUUGUCGAUGAAAAGAAUACAAAUAAAAUUAAAGUAAAAAGCGAUGAACCUGUUCGAUCGAAUAGCAUUGAGACCAAAGUGAUUGAAGUUGUUAGUGAUAUGAAAAAAGAUAGUUUGAUUAAACCGGCUGCCGUACGAAGUAAUUUAAGCAGCAAAGACAGUCGAUCAAGUAGUCUUGAUGAUGAAUCCCCGGAAGAACGAAAUCAAAAAGAAAACCAUUUGAAAAAUCUUGGCCUUUUAACACAUCAAGCGGCGGAAGAGGCAACGAUUGAGAAGCAAAAACAACGCGAAAAAUUGAAAGAGAAGAACAAAGGUAAGAAAAAUUCCGAAUACACGGGAACAUUGAAAACGGUAAUUAAAUUGCAUCGCGGCAAUAAUGACAAGAAAAAAGGCAAUCAAGCGAUUAAAUUGACUCUGCACAAGAGUAAAUCUAAAAAUGGUUCUGACAAAAGUGACUCACACUCAAACGCCAAUUCCGAAGAGGAUACCUAUUACACCAUUCAACAACAAGACAUUGAUGGCAUUGAUCAAGAAGCUGACGAAGCUGCAGCUAAAGAACACGAGAAACUUUUGGUCAUCCCCGAAAAAGCAUCAUCAUUCCGAUAUCAUCCAGAGAAAAUUUGCGAGGAUCAAUGUUUCUAUUGUGGUGGCAAAUUUGGAUUAUUCGACACACCUUGUCACAUUGCUCAAAUCAAAUCGGCCGAACGACAAAAGAAAAUAUUGGAAUAUGAGGAGAAAUUGACGGUAGACAGUUGCUUGUGCGAUGCUUGUUUCCGACAUGUCGAUCGUCGUGCAAAUUGUCCAUCAUAUAAGAAACGUCUCUCAGAGCCAACGAAAACCAAUGACACAACCGCAACGGGUCACGAUGCCCAAGAAAAAGACUCUGAUGGUCUAUUGUUCCAAAGCAAUCGAGAAAUAACAUUCUGUCAAGUUCACGAUUGUAGAGAUCAGGCAUCGUAUUCAGUGUGUCGCAAAUGGGCAUUGAAAGUUCGCAAAACACUCAGUAAACAUAUUCAAUUCAACUUUGACAACACAAAUUCAAUAGCAUUUUUGCCAAUAUGUGAUAAACACUAUGAAGAAAUUAAUCAUCUCAUGGUUUGCAUUCUAUGUAAUCGUCGUCUCAAGCGUAACCAUUGCUAUUUCCUCUCACAGGAUGCAAACAAAGUUGAAUCACUCGUCGCGAACGAAGGAAUUCAACUGACAGUUGGAACCACAUCAGUUGCAUGCAAACUUUGCCGAUACUAUGUGAAUGCGUUGAUGCGACCACAGGAAGCAAAGAAAGUGGAAUUUGCACGGGAAUAUAGAAAACGAUUCUUCGAGCAUCAAGGAAAGGUUGAUAUGGUUGAAGAAGAUUCGGAAGAUAGUGCAAAUCAUGAGCCGUCUUCAAAACGAUCAAAACGAAAUCGAAAAUCAUUGAAUGAUCAUUCGGAUUCAUCCAAAUUAUCACGAUCAAAUGAUGUAUCAAUGGACUCAAAUCAAGAUUCAGCAUUAAAUACGCGAACGCGUCAAAAGAGCAAACAACUUUCACAGCAACAAUUAUUGGAGGAACAACAACGUGUCGAAAAGCGUGUUCAACAAGAGCAACUUAAAUUGAAGCAACAAGAACUAUUGCAACAACAAAAAUUGCAAGAAGAAUUACGCCAACAGCAGUUACGUUCAAGCAACGAAGACAUAUCGAAUUUGCGAACAAAUCCAAACAUAUCGAUGCGUGAACUAUUCCCGGGCGAAGAAGAAAUGGGUUUGCAUGUGAAUUUACCAUUUGCAAAUAGUUGGCGAACGCCAGACGGCUGGACAAAAGUCACAUCGACCGUUCAAUAUGAUGAACCAACUCGAAAAUUAUGGGAAGAACUGCAAAAACCAUACGGAAAUCAAUCGAGCUUUUUGCGUCAUUUGCUUUUAUUGGAAAAAUAUUUCCGAAAUGGUGAUUUAUUGCUAACACAAAAUACAAAUCCAAAUGCACUAAAUUAUGUUGAAUCGGUUCAGCAUCGUCUUCAAGCUUAUGACAAUAUUCCAUCACGUCCAAUUAGCAUUACACAGAUUCUGCCACAAAACACAUCGAUUGCCGUCGAUCUGGCGAAUGCAAAAUCAGUGACAACCGCCAAUAAAGCGGUGACCAUUUCUAAAGUGAACGCCCCAUCAAAACAGCCGGCUUUGAGCAUAACUGCCAGUCCAAAGUCAAACACAAGUGAUAAUACAUCGAACAGUUUGCUAAAAUCGAAUGCAACAUCGGUGCCAAAAACAAGAAGUUACACAGUGACAACUGAACCGAUAAAUGGCGAAAAAACCGAAUCGAAAGGCAACAAUUCAACAACGAAUACAAACACACCAAAGAACAAAAAUCCCGGUUUGCCACCAGAAUUGAUUUGCAUUACAACACCAUCUGAGAAACAGCAUGCAUCCGCCGUUCCACCUCCAUCGUAUGCACUUCAAAUGCAAUUAACACUCGCCCAACAAAUUCAACAGCAACAUCAAAACUCAUUGCUACUACCGCAGCACACCAAACAGAUAUUGCAGAAUAUGGUACCGUCGACCAUGUCGGGCACGAAUGUUGUAGGUCACACUAGUUCACCGCCCAAAAAAACAACAUCGAACAACAAUACAUCGACUGGCAACAGUACAAGUUUAAAUAAAUCGCCAAAUAGCAAUAAACACAAUACAUCGACUGGCAAAGGAAGUGUGAUUCACUUACCGGAGGUAUUAAGCGAUAUUGAACGUCGCGAAAGCAAAAAUUGGCGACCAACAUUGAUGGCAAUCACACCGGAAAAUAAAAACAGCAGCGAUGGUCAAUUGUAUCAAACGGCUGAUGGUCGAAAGCUACCUUAUUUGGUUCAAGUUCAAUCGCAAGGAAAACCAUAUAUGAUUUCCAUUCACGACUAUAAUCGAUUGUGUAUUUUGCGACGCGAACGCUUGCUCAAAGAUCAAACGGAGCUACUGAAAAAUAAGAGUGGCACCACUGCAACACAGACUACUUCAUCUGCAUCUCAAAAGACAACGGCCACAAGUGCCAAUAAAAAAACGGUGAUUGAUGUAGAUAAAUUGCCAAAGCAAACAAACAACUCAAAUAAUGGUCAAAUUACAAACAAAGUUCAAGUUCCAAAUAAAAUACUUGAACAAAACUCAUUGUUUCCAAUCAAUAAUAAGUCCAACGAGAAUUCAUCGGAUUCACUAUUGAGAUUCCGACUUCCAAUCAAGAACAAAUCAUCGCUAUUGAAAUCGAAUGCAAUUCAUCCAAAAGCAUCAGUUGCGUCGCAACAUUUACCACCAAAUGUAACAGCCACCGUUGUCGCAUCAAAUUCACAUGCGAAAAUGCCCAUUUCCCUGCCAAAUGCAUUGUCACAAUCGAAUGUUGUUUCGAUCACAUCGACACCAUCAAUAUCGGCUCUUCUAGGUAUGGCGCAAGCAUCAACUCCGCCGCCAAUUCAAUUGAUUCCAAAUCAACCGCCACCAAUCACAAUCACCAACGUUUCAACCGGAAAUUCAAAUAGCUCGCUAAGUCAAUCGAAUGUUUCAUCGCUUGAAGCUCUGUUCCGUACAACAAAUCAAGUUACAACGACGCCAGGACACAUGUUCGCAUGGGCCGAACAACUUAAUAAAAGCAACAGCAUCACACCCAUCGAUAAUUCUGCAUCAUCAAUCCUAUCCAAAAUUCCGAAAUCAUUAACCGUCAUACCGCAGCAAAAGCAACUCUCCAAAGGAGUUGAUGAAUUAUAAAAUAACACGAGUAUUCUAAUGCAUUUUGCAUAAUUACGGUCUCUCGAAUUUUAUACACAAAAAUUAAAUGAAAAGCAAAAGUAAAAAAAACCUACAACUUACUACGUAUACAAUUGGAAUUUUAGUGCCUAAAUAAGUGUACACGAAAUCAUAAUUAUAUCCAAGACGAUUGUGAUGGUUUCCAAAGCAUAAUGCCCGAUAACAAAACGUAUUUUUUUCGGAUUCUUCUUCGUGAAUUGUACAAAACGAGAAGUGAAAAAAAUAUACAUAUAAUCAAGUGGAACAUUUAUUUUUGUACAUAAAUUAUUGGCACUAGCCGUUAAGGAUUUUAUACUUAAAAUAUAAGCGACACUUGACUAUUAGGCAUUAAACAAUUCCACAAACACAUAUACACACACUCUACCCAUUUUUACACAAACCAAUUAAGUUCGCAAGUAAAAUUUAAAAAUGUUACAUUUGAUGAUAUAAAAAAAAAUUAGGUAUAUUUUUCACAUGUUCAUUCAAAAAUAUUUAUAUCUAUAUCAAAAUACAAAAUUCACAAAACAAAAAAAAAUCAUCAAAAUUUACAAACUAAGCAAAAAAAAAUAUUAUUUUUUUGAAAUAAUCAAAACAAACUCAACUUAUUUGUAAGUGAAACUCUUUCACCAUUUGAAUAAAAUUGUUAUCGAAAUGAAAUUGCGAAUGAAGCAAACAAUUAUCUUAGGUUUUUUCUUCUAGAUAUAGAUUAUCUAAGUAUUCUAUAAUAUUAAAAAAAAACUUUACCCCAGCUCAACAUAUUCAUUUCAAAGAAUAAAAACAAACAAACAAAAACAUCAGCCCAAACAUUUUACCAUUCAUAAUUUCCUUCUAAAUUAAUAUAUUUAAUAAAAUGUAGAAUAUGUUUGCACUGAAUUUGCCGCAGUGUUCGAAAUCACAUAAAUAUACGCAUACACCGCCAAGGCAAUAGAAGAAGACUUAAGUUAAUAACUUCAUUAUCACAUUUUCAUUUCAUACGCCGUGCGUUCACUUCACUUGUUUUUGUCGCGCUAUUCCUUAAAAUAAAAACAAAAAAAAAACAAAAAUUGUUCAAAAAUGUUCAUAGAUUAAGCGACUUAAAGCGAGUGCCUUUCAUGCCUGAAACAUUGAAACAUUUUGUGAGACUUAUGAUCAUUAAAAUUUGAAAAUAGAUUUUGAAUGAAUUGGCCGAAUUUCAAUGGAAAUUAGAAUGUUUAUUAAAAUUCGGCAAAUCAAAAGAGAUAAAAAAACGGCUAUCGAUUGCCUACGAAUCACAGCAUUUUAAUGAAUGGAGUUCAAUUUGUAACAAUAAGUAAAGGAAAGCAUUCAAUAACAAACAAAAAUAUAUGAAUCUUAUACAAAUUCACUAUUAGAUGCAUAGAACAGGUAUUUUUAUAAAAAUCCACUUUUCAAAACAUUAUUUAUAAGACAAAACUUGUAUAUUUAUAUCACGACAUUUAUGUCGUUUUGAAAUAAACGAAACGAGCAUUGAAAAUUCAA